AUGUUCACCUCGGUAGUUCAGACACCUUCAUCGGACAGUUCACCACCGAUAUCCGCCACCGGGGAGGACAACGUGGUAGCAGACGCUCUGUCGCGCGUGGAGGAAGUUCAGCGUACUCUCGAUUUCGAAGCCUUGGCAGCAGCCCAACACGAAGAUGAAGAGCUCCGGCGAUACUUGGAGGAAGACUCCACCCUCGUACUGAAAAAGGUGUGCAUCCCUGGCACCGACGUGGCAGUAUUUUGCGACGUCUCAUCACAAACAGUGCGGCCCUUCGUUACCCACAAUGGGCCCGCAGCUGCAUCCAAUGCCAACGUGCCAAGAUCUCUCGCCAUGUCUCCUCACCUGUCGGCACAUUCGCACCAUCUUCUGCCAGAGGGAUGCCGAUACUGCCUGACUAUGGUAGACCGAUACUCUCGCUGGCCAGAAGCUGUUCCCCUGCACGAUCAAGAAGCUUCAACUGUCACACGUGCUCUCUACGAUGGAUGGAUAUCUCGGUUUGGCACGCCAUUGAGAAUAACCACGGAUCAAGCCAACGGCAUGGUUGAACGGUUACACCGUCAACUAAAAGCAGCAGUCAUGUGCCAACAGCAACAUCGAUGGACACAGAGCCUUUCUACCGUCUUGCUGGGCAUCCGCUCAGCCUGGAAAGAAGACCUGCAAGCCACGACAGCCGACAUGGUCUACGGGCAGUUGCUACGUCUUCCGGGCGAGUUCUUAGGAUCUCUACACCGCGACAACGCAACAGACAACGUAACAGAUUUCGUCAAGGAGCUACGCCAACACCUGAGGGAAUUGAGACCGACGAAGGUAUCUCGCCAUGGUACGGGUAAAACGUUCGUGUUCAAGGACCUUGCUACCUCGGAGGAAGUCUUUGUACGCCACGAUGGUCUCAAACAGCCUCUGCAACAACCGUAUGACGGCCCAUACAAAGUAAUUAAACGAGCAGAGAAGACGUUCGUGGUUCGCAUGAACGGCCGUGACGUUACGGUUUCCAUCGACCGCCUUAAACCAGCGUACAUCAUAGCCGAUGAUCCACUCGUCUCUCAGGAAAGCAACAACGAUCAGGACGUUCCAGGCCCCUCCGAAAAGGACGCAGUAAUCACAGACCUACCAGAUACACACAAACACACACAGCAGAAAACAACACUAGAAAACUCGACCAAGCACAUAACCAAAUCAGGCAGAUGUGUCCGCUUCCCGGACCGGCUACAGGGAGGAUUUUCAUAA